GUCCUCCGCGUCCCGCGCCGCCGCCGCCGCCGCCGCCGGGGGGACCAUGUGCAGCCCGGUGGAGCGGCGCCUGGCCGGCCUCCGGGGGCUCCUGCUGGCCGAGGGGGGCGCGGCGGCGGCGGCGGCGGAGGGGCUGCUCGACCUGCUGCUCUGCGUCCACCGGGAGUGCAGCGCCGGGCCCCUCCGGCGGGAGCGGAGCGUGCAGCAGUUCCUGGACUGGGCCUCCCCGUUGGUUGCCCGUGCAAAGCAACUGAGUUUGUGUCGAGAUGACUUUGAGAUCUUGAAGGUGAUUGGAAGAGGGGCCUUCGGUGAGGUGGCAGUGGUACGGAUGAAGCAGACCGAGAAAGUCUACGCCAUGAAGAUUCUGCACAAAUGGGAGAUGCUGAAAAGAAUAGAGACGGCCUGUUUUCGGGAGGAACGAGACGUCCUUGUGCACGGGGACAGGCAGUGGAUCACCACGUUGCAUCAUGCCUUCCAGGAUGAGCACUGCCUGUAUCUGGUGAUGGAUUAUUACGCGGGGGGAGACCUGCUCACCCUCCUGAGCAAGUUUGAGGACCGUUUGCCGGAAGACAUGGCCUGCUUCUACCUGGCUGAGAUGGUCCUGGCCAUCAAUUCUCUCCACCAGCUCCAGUACAUUCACAGAGAUAUCAAACCAGACAAUAUUCUGAUUGACACCAGCGGGCACAUCCGCCUGGCAGACUUUGGUUCCUGCCUUCGCCUGUCUCCGGAUGGCACGGUGGAGUCUUCGGUGGCCGUGGGCACCCCCGACUACAUCUCCCCGGAGAUUUUGCAGGCCAUGGAGGACCGUCAAGGCAAAUACGGCCCCGAAUGUGACUGGUGGUCCCUCGGGGUCUGCAUCUACGAGUUGCUUUUUGGAGAAACCCCUUUCUAUGCUGAGUCCCUGGUGGAGACCUAUGGCAAGAUCAUGAACCAUGAGGACCAUCUGCAGUUCCCGCCGGAUACCACCGACAUCUCGGAGGGUGCAAAGGACCUCAUCCGGGAACUGCUGUGCCGCCGAGAGGUCCGUCUGGGCCAGAAGGGCAUCGAGGACUUCAAGCGCCACCCUUUCUUCGAGGGCAUCAACUGGGACGACAUUUAUAAAAGCCCUCCCCCCUUCAUCCCCGAGGUGGCCAGUCCAGCUGACACUUCCAACUUCGAUGUUGAUGACGACACCCUUAAAGAAUCGGAGACGCUCCCGCCCAUCUCUCACUCCACGUUCUCUGCCCACCACCUCCCCUUCGUUGGAUUUACCUACACUUCUGGGAUUCACUUCCCCGAGAGACCCCCGGUGUCUCCCACCCCCACCCCCAGCUCCAGCAUCAGCCGCCUUGAGAAAAGGAUCCGCCAGCUGGAACGGGAGAAGCUGGAGAUGAGCCGAAAACUGCAAGAUUCUUUGGUGAAAUCCCCUUCUAAGGUCUCAGCCAAGGAUGCGGAGAUCCGAAGUCUCCAGAACGAGGUCGCGACUUUGAAGAGACAGUUGACAGAGAAUCAGCUAGAGAGUGACCAGAUGCAGAAGCAAUACCACAAUUGGGUGGCAUCAGGGCAAGUGAAGGCCUUGGAGGAGCGCGUGGCAUUUCUGGAGCAGGAGAAAAAUGAUGCUCUUCAGGAUCUGGCCGAGGUCCAAGAGCAGCUACAAGCUCAGUCCUGGGAGCUGCAAGAAGAACAGGAGCGCCACAGGGAGACGGCAGAGGAGCUGCAGAGUGCCGAAGCCAAGUGCGGGGAGCUGCAGGCCCAGCUGCUGCGGCACUCCCGCCAGCUGCGGGAACGGCUGGAGGAGACGGAAGCCGCCGCUCGCCGGGUGGAGGGGCUGCGGAAGGAGCUGGCCCGUACUCAGGGCGGACGCAAGGAGCUGGAGCUCCGGAUCGAGGGCCUGGUGGGCGAAGUGUCCAAGCAGCGGAAGGGAAGGGAGAGGGCAGAGCAGCAGCUGUGGAAGACGAAGCAGGACCUGGAGGAGCUCCGGGCGAAGCAGGGCACGGCCCUCUUCCACCGGUCCAGCUCCAGGAGACAUGCAGAGCCCUCCGGCCCUCAGAAGGGGGAGCUGCAGGCGAAGGACGGCGGGCGGCUCGAGGCGCUGACCCAGGAGGUGGCCCAGCUGCGGGAGGAGCUGGACAAAGCCAGGAGGCAGCGAUGCGAAAGUGCGGAGCCCAAGACAGGGGGCCAAGCGGCCACUGGCGAGAACCGCAGCGCCACACAGUCCGGAGACCAGGCGGAGGCGGAUUCUUGGUGUAACGACUUGUCGCACCCGGGACCAGGGAGCUGCACGUCCGAAUCCCACAAAGCUGCCUUCGCCAACUGGGAGAUUCAGAUCAGCGACAUUUUGAAGUGGGUGAGCGAUGAGAAGGAAUCCCGGGGGCAUCUCCAGGCCAUGGCAACGCGCAUGAUGGACGAGGUGGAGGCUCUGAAGCAGGCGGGGGCGCAGAGCCCCGGCCCCGGCCCCGGCCCCAAAACCCCGGAUGCCCUCUGGAAGGCCCGGCGGCUGCAGAAGGUGGAGGCGUCCGCCAAACUUGAGCUGCAGUCUGCCCUGGAGGCUGAGAUCUGGGCCAAGCAGAGUGUCCAGGCGGAGCUGGAGAAACUGAAGGUGGCCCACCUGGGGGUGGAACGACAGCUGCAGGAGGCGGAAAAGCAGAACCGGGCUCUGCGGCUGGAACUGGAGAAAAUGAAGGGAGAGCUGAAGGCCCGGUCUCUGGAAGGCAUCAAGUCCCAAACACCACUGAUUCCUUUCUUCUUCCGAAGCAGCAGCAAGGAUGCCAUCGUGUUUGGGAACAGCCCUGAUACCCAGGAGGCAAGGAAGACGUCCGAGGAGGCCCAGCUGCACCCCGAAGGGAGGAGGAGCGUCCGGUCCAGUGCAGGAGUUCCCAUUGCAGACAGUGGCCAUUCUGGAUCCCUAAAGCCCAAAACGCACAGCUUCAAAAUGCACAGCUUCUCGGCCCCCACAAAAUGCAUGCGCUGCACGUCGCUCAUGAUCGGACUGGUCCGGCAGGGGCUGGCUUGUGAGGCCUGCAACUUUGUCUGCCACGUGUCCUGUGCGGCUGCAGGCUCCAUCUGCCCCAUGCCUGCCGACCAGCUGCAGAAGACCCUGGGCGUCAAUCCAGUGAAUGGGACGGGCACUGCCUUUGAGGGAUAUUUGUCGGUACCCAAGCCCUCUGGGGUGCGGAAGGGCUGGCAGAGGGCCUUCGUGGUCGUCAGCGACUUCAAGAUUUUUCUCUUUGACGUCCCAGAAGGGAAGAUCUCGCAGGGCGUCAUGCACGUCACAGAUAUGCGGGAUGAGCAGUUUUCCGUGGCUCCGGUCCUGGCCUCCGAUGUCAUCCACGCCAGCAAUAAAGAUGUGCCUUGCAUCUUCCGGGUGACCACCUCCCAGCUGAGCUCCCCACCCACCACCAGCUCCAUGCUCUUCCUGGCCGACAGCGAGGCGGAGAUGCGGAGGUGGACUCAGGCGCUGGCCGAGCUGCAGCAGAUGCUGCGGCAGAGCCGGCUCUGCGACCGUGCCGUCUACGUGCUGAAGGAGGCCUACGACAACGGGCUGCCCUUCAUCCCUCACGCCCUCUCGGCUGCAAUCAUAGACCGGGAACGGAUCGCUCUGGGUACGGAGGACGGCCUUUUCCUAAUUAAUCUCAGGACAAACGAUGUGCUGCAGGUGGGCGACUGCCGGCGGGUGCAGCUGCUCCUGGUCUCCCCCCAAGCCCAGCUCCUCUCCGUGCUGUGCAGCAAGAACCACGGGGUCCGCAUCUUCUCGUGGGCAGAGCUGGAGACCCCCGAGGCCCCGGGAACCAAGGUGGUGGAGGCCAAGGGCUGCCAGGCGGUGGCGGUGGGGCUGAUCUGCCGCGGCAUGACCCCCGUGCUCUGCGUGGCCUGCAAGCGGCAGGUCCUCUGCUUCCAGCUGACCGCCACGCACCCGCCCCACCGCCGCAUCAAGGAGAUCCAAGCCCCCGGCUACGUGCAAUGCCUGGACGUGCUCGGGGACCGCCUGUGCGUGGGCUACCCAUCCGGCUUCUCCCUCUACCCUCUGCUCAACGAAGGGCCUCCGGUGAGUCUGCCCCAUGCGGACGACGCCCGGGCGUCCGCCGUGGCCCCGAUGGAAGCGCUGAAGGCCGUGGAGGUCAGCCUGAGCGAAUUCAUCCUCUGCUUCAGUGGUUUCGGCCUUUAUGUGGAUGGGCAAGGCCAUCGCAGCCGUUCCCAGGAGCUGAUGUGGCCGGCCGUCCCUCUCAACUGCUGCUACAAUGCCCCUUAUUUGUCAGUAUUCAGCGAAAACGGCGUGGAUAUAUUUGACGUCCGGAAGGCCGAGUGGAUUCAGACCAUCUGCCUGAAAAAGGUGCGCGCCCUGAAUCCCGAGGGCUCUUUGUGCACGUUCGGGAGCGAAAAAGUCCGGCUGACCUACCUCAGAAACAAAGGCGCAGACCAGGAUGAGUUUGAAAUCCCCCAGACCACUGAUAACAGCCGGCGGUACCUCAUGAGGACUAGACACAAGCGACGCUUUUCUUUCCGGAUCUCCGAGGAGGAGCGACAACAUCAGAGGAGAGAGAUGAUGCGCAACCCCAGUCUCCGCUCCAGGCUCAUCUCUGCCCCGAAGAACUUCAACCACCUGGUCCACGUUGGGCCGAGCGAAAAGCAGCACCAGCUGCAGGACCUGAAGGUGGCGCAGGAAGAGAAGAGGCGGGAGGCCGAAGUCCGACUGCGCUGCAGCAGCCUGUCCGAGACACGGCGACCCUCGCCCACGGACCACAACGGCACUGCCCUGGGAUCUGCUGCCUGCUCCGCCAGGCUGAAGUCGGGCAGUUCCAUCUCUGAGGAUUCCUCUGCUUCUCCACAGUCUCUCUUCUCUGCUGUCGGCUUGCUGGAAGAGAUGUCUCUUCUUCCUGCAACAGGUCGCGGAUUCCGGUCUUCCCUCCGGCCCAAGAAGCACCAGUUCCACAUGACAGGAGGGGCUGCUGGUGCCUGGCCACACCUCGUGUGGAACGGGUACGCCGGUGCUGAGUUGCAACGAAACGUCCAGCCCGUCCGACGCACCUGCCUGUUGCUAUCCGGGGAAGGAGCAGGGGAAGAGAAAGGACGGGCAGUGGCUGCACCUGUGGGUCUGCUGCUGGAAAGCCACAUUAAACCGCACUUAAUCCUGCAGUGGGACGGCGGAUCCACGUCCUCCCUGCACAAGAGGGAAACCUGGCGCUGCUGCCUUGCGGCUCCCACCGCUGACACCAUCUCUUCCCUGCCCCGCUCGUUGCACAGAUAG